ACUCAGCACGCUGCUGCAAGUUUCGUCGAGAUGUGCAUUAUUCACACAGGACUCAAUCAGGGCUUCUCUCUCGACUCCAACAAACGCCUCAUUAUCGCUGACCUAGACUUAGCGGGUGCGUCUGCCGCAACUAGCACUGCUCAUCUACCCACUGCGCAGCAUCUACAACAAUCUCGUCCGCUGAUAAAGAAAACCCCCGCACAGUGGAUUCUACUCUCUCCAGGAUCCAUCACAUCCAUGCGACAUGAACAGCACAUACACCACAUCAAAAACAAAGAUGCUGGAAUGCAGGCCUUCCGCGAACUACAACGCAUGCAAAUCGGCAAAGUGUUCACGUUCAAACGCCCUGGAAACCAAUCCAUGAACUACUUCUUCCUAAAGAAGAAUUAUGAACAUGUCACCCGAGAGGAGGGACAGAGAUUUGUCGCAGGUUUGAAAAGCCACAAUGUCACCCUCACACACUACCAACAUCAACUCAUGAAUACAAGAAACAAACACGCAAUGGAAGCAGUGAAGCUAUUCCAAAUAGCUGAGGCCGAUGAAGAAGAAGUGACAGCAAAAGACUCCAUGACCUGCUCCGCGACCCAUCGGACGAACACAUGCUCAGCCACACAUCGGACCAACGCCUGCUGCCCGGCACAUCACACCAAGUGCUGCUAUAGCGCACACAUCCGAUGAAGAGUUCAUACCAGACACAC